GAGUUCAGUCAUGGUUGAUUAUUAGUUGGUAGAAAAACUAGUGCUACCAAUUCCUUAAAAAUAAUUUUGUGUUUUGAGAAUAAUAAGAAAGAAAUGUUUAUUUUUAUAAAACAAUGUUUAAAUAAAACCUAUCUUUACUGGAAAGUUAAAAAGCUUUGUGAACUAAAAAAAAACAAUUAAUGAAGCAUAAAAUAAAAAUGAACACAAACUCAGUGAAUGCACAAAAUUGAUGUUUAAUCUUUAAAAUUUCUAUAAUAAAUAUAAAAUUCUUCUUCAUCUAAUUACGAUAUGAUUUUCACGUCUAAUAAUUUUUAAUAUAUAAUUAAAUUUGAUACUAAAUAAACGAAAUACACUAAUGACUGCUGCAGAACAUUUUAUUAGUUUAAUAACAGUAGCAAGUGCUAAAAAACUUGCUGCUGUAUUGGUUAUUUGUUUCAUUUUUUAUCAUGUAACGAUACAUUUAAUUUAUGGUAGUGAUUCUUGUAAAUGGCUUUUAGAAGAAGGCAGAUAUAAAGGAGAUAAAGAAUGGCAACCUUAUGGUUGUAUGAUGCAUCACUAUUCUCAAACAGAUAGUAGAAGAUGUUUACGAUAUUUAGCUUUCAUGGGUCACAAAAAUCAUUUUGUGUUUACUGGAGAUGAACGAGUUCGACAAUUGUAUAAAUCAUUCAUAUCACAAUUUAUAAUUGAUGGAAAAGGAUCUGACUUAUCAGAUUUCCCGAAAAAAUCUGAUUUAAAUUUCAAUGAUGCUAAAUUAAGAUUGGAUGUUCAUUUUCUGUGGAGACCACAACUUAAUGAAUUUAUGAUUAAAGAUUUUCGAAACUGGAUGAAGGGAGAUGCUCCAUCAAUGGUGAUUGGAGGUUGUGCUGCUGCUGAUAUUCUUGCAAAUAAUGCCAGUGAUAUGAAUUUAUAUACAGAAUAUACAAAUGGACUUGUUAAACUUGUUCAACCAGCCGAUGCUCUUGCUAAAAAAGGUUCAAAGUUUCUUUGGAUGAUGCAAGAUCCAAUAUCUAAAGAAAAUUUACCUGCUCAAUUAGCUAGUAUUGAUAAUAGCCAAAUUAAUAUAUGUAACAAAGCAGCUGCUGAGAUAUUAUUAUAUAGUGGAGCGCAUUUAUGGGAAAGUAGCAGGCUAAUAGGCCAAGGUGUUUUAGAGCAGAGUCCAGAUGGAUAUUUGUCCAGCCCUUUAUCCCUUCGACAUAAAGUGCAAAUUAUAUUAAAUACAUAUUGCAAUGAUUAUAUGAAUUUUGGAGAUGGUACUUGUUGUAGUAAUCCAGAAGCUGCGACAACAUUGCAACUAGUAACACUUUCAGCUCUAGGGUUAUGCAUUAUGGCUGGGACAAGUGUGUGGCUUUAUAAAAAAACUUGUUAUAAUAGAGUUGAAACGUCAUAUUCACAAGUUGCUACACAUGAAGUAGAGGAAGCAGUAAAUAUGAAUGCAUCCGAAACAACAAUUUCAAAUGAAAUACCACCGCCUAAAGAUUUUUAUACUUUAGCUACAUCUCUUGCAUUAUUUUCGUGCAUCUUAUUGUAUUUUUAUAUAUGCGAUCGGACAAAUUUUUUCAUGAAGGAGAAUAAAUAUUACAGUGAGUUUAGUUUUUGGUUACCAUUAGGAUAUAUUUUGGCUCUUGGUUUAUUUUUCACUGAAGAUUGUGAAAGAGGUCCUAGAGCUCUAAAUCGCGAACAAACCGAUGAAUGGAGAGGAUUAAUGCAGGCAGUAGUGUUGAUAUAUCAUGUAACUGGUGCAAAAAAUGUAUUGCCUAUUUAUAUGCAUUUGAGAUUAAUAAAUUCUGCUUAUUUAUUUUUAUCCGGAUAUGGACACUUUUGUUAUUUUUGGCAGACUGGGGAUGUUUCUUUGGUUCGUUUUGCCAAGGUACUCUUUCGGCUGAAUUUAUUAGCUAUUUCACUUUGUCUUCUCAUGAAUCAGCCCUAUCAAUUCUAUCACUUUGUUCCACUAGUAUCCUUCUGGUUUUUAGUUGUCUAUUUUUUGGCCUGGUUACCACCAAGAGUAUAUUCAGCAAGUUUAGUUGAACAUGGAACGCGAAUUUUACUCUAUUUAGCAUUAAAACUUUUAGGUUUAGUAUGUGUAAUAACAAUUCUCUACAUGUCUGAGGUAUUUUUUGAAAAAGUUUUUGUAACAAGACCAUGGAAAGCACUUUUUGUAACUACUGACGAUGAUAUUAGGGAAUGGUGGUCACGAUGGAGAGUAGAUAGAUACAGUGUUGUGUAUGGUGUUGCUUUUGGAGCAGGUCUUUUAGCUCUUCAAAGGAUAGAUCAUAUACCUGGAAGUGCUCUCGCUCCAUUACUUGCUCUGGUAUCAUUAGCAGCUUACGCAAUGUUUACGAUACUUUGUGUAUCUGUUGCAGAAUGUGAAGAAAUUCAUUCAUACGUUGCUUUUAUUCCAAUUGUAGGAUAUAUUAUAUUAAGGAAUUCAUCGUUGGCUCUAAGGGGAAAAUAUUCAGUACUUUUAGCAGGUCUUGGAAGAAUCAGCCUAGAAACCCUUGUUGGACAAGGACACGUAUGGCUUGCUGCAGAUUCUCAUGGAGUUCUUGUAUUAUUGCCAAGAUUUCCAGUACUGAAUUUACUUGUUACUUCUUUUAUAUUUAUUUGUGCUAGUCAUGAGAUUCACAGAUUAACACUUGUUCUUUCACCAUACGCAGUGCCAAAUGAUUGGAAACUAGUUGCUCGUAAUUUAUUACUUUUUAUGGCUGUCUUAGUACCUAUUGGAAUCAAUGAUGGAAUGUUUUAAUUUUCAUAAAAUAAUAAGCAAUUAACAAUUGCUCAUGUCAAGUAUUAACUUGAGAAUAAUAGUGUAAAUAAUUUACUCUCACAAUAAUCUUAUUAACUUUUUGAUCUGAAUAAAUUAUUAUUUUGGCUACUUAUAUGUAAAUAAUCAUA